AUGCCCUCCAGACACGAUAAGCCUUUAGGUGAUAUCCUGGAGCGGGAGGCAGGUUCAAGAAGAAAUUUGAACGCAUAUGGGUUUUGUGUUUGUGCUAGUACUGGAGUACUCAUUGAUUUAUCGAGUCCGGAACCCCAAGAAACGAUUAUCUGGCAACUGUGGGUGCCGCUGUGCGGAAAGUCACUGCUCGAAAGCGAAGAUGAGGGUUGUGCAAGGACAUUGUCGAUUGAUCUGAAAACCAACUGGUCUUGCGUGGAUCACCUGAUUCCUCCUGACAAUUUUGAGCCUCAGGCAAUAGCGCUUGUUCGACUGUUCGGCAUACUGUUAGGCAUAAUUGCCAUCUGCUGCGGUGAUCUCCAGCUUUAUAUUUCUUUGUGCGCCUUGCGGAGAUCUGAAAUCCCUACAUCACCUAUGCGCCUCUCCUAUUCCUUUAAAGCCGGUCGACUACAGCCUCAGCCUCAUGAACAGCUUUGUGGCGUUGAUUUACGUUGUUUGCUCAUGGGUAUUCCGUUAAGACAGCCAGAGGCUAUUGGCAAAGACGAUCAAAGGAUACUAGUAACAGGCUUUGGGUUAACCCCAUCAACCAACAGUGUUUUUAUUUGA